AUGCGGCCCGCCCGCGUGCGUUCGGCGUUGGUAGUCUCGAUCGCGGGUGACACGGCGGCGGCGUGGGGAAAUUGUGAACACUGUCGCCAUCGGCGGAGGAGAGUGCACGGCGAUUUUCACACCGCGGCCGUGCCGGUCCUAUACGUACUCGGCUGCCGGCGAGUGGUGGCAACCCGUGAAUGUGAAAGCAUAGCGCCGCCGCCGAUGCGACGACGGCAACAAACGUCCCACCCCGCUCGUCCACCCGAACAGUCAUCACCCGUCGAACGACGAACCGUCCGCACAACCGGUGGGUAG